UGGGCUGCCUGUGGAGCGCAUACAUGGUCUGUGACAGCAGCAGAAGCCGCACAGAUGGGAAGCAGACAGGCACUGGUCCAGUGUGUGGAAUGGUCUAUGUCUGAGACACACUGAGCUGCCUCACAACUUAAGCACAUUUAACACUACAGCCUACCUGGACUCAUUUAAAGCCCUCUCCUAACAUUUCAUAAGCUUUUCUCCACGCUGAAUUAGGAUGGCGGAGGCAGAGUUGCACAGGGAACGCCUGCAAGCCAUAGCAGAAAAAAGAAAACGACAGGCUGCAAUUGAGGACAAAAGACAACAGCUAGAAGACCAAAUUCUCCAACUGCAGCACCUAAAGUCAAAAUCACUCAGAGAAAAAUGGCUGAUGCAAGGAGUACCAGUUGGCUCAUUGGAAGAGGAAGAGGCAAGAAAGAGGCAAUGUGAGGAGGAUGAGCAGAAAUUAAAGCUAUUUGAAGAAAAUGUCCAAAGAUUGGAGCAGGACAUUGAGCGACUUGAAAGUGAAGAAUCACUAAUAUCUGCCAAAGAACAAAUCCUAAGAGAGAAGUUAAAAGAGACUGAAGUAUCAUUUGUAGAUUUACAGAAGAGUCUAUCAAAUCAAGAUAAAGCAGAUGCAGUGAACUAUAUCUACUCCCAGAUCCCUGACCUCAAGAACCUUUACUCACAUCAAGAAUCUUCACUGAUUUGUGACGGAACUACAAAGGUACCUGCAUUGUACGCCAUGGAAAUUAAUGUGGAGAAAGACAGAAAGACAGGAGAGACCAAGAUUCUCUCUACAGCUGCCAUUGACUCAGAGGGGUUCCACCAGAGAGGAGUUAAAGUCUUUGAUGAUGGUAACAAAGUAGUUUAUGAGCUUCACCAUGCAGGUGCUGUGGUAGAAAAUGGUGUCCAUAAAUUAAGUACAAGGGAUGUAGAUGAUCUUAUACAGAAAUCUACACAAUUAGCAGGGCAAGACAUUUUACCCAAGAGAACUCUUACCAAUGAAGGAAUCUCUAGCCACAUGAAGGAGCAAUUGCAUUUUAAGGAAGCUAAACUAGAAAUGGUGCAUAAACCAAGCAAAGGGUUUCCUUUAAAACUUGGACAACAACAUGUGAGAAGUGGUGGAAGUGAUGUGAACGAGGCCUCGCUGGAGCAACCAGUGACAAUGAUCUUCAUGGGCUAUCAAAAUAUAGAUGAUGAGGAAGAGACUAAAAAAGUGUUGGGUUUUGAUGACACUAUGAAAGCUGAGCUUGUUCUCAUUGAUGAAGAUGAUGAGAAGUCUUUGCGGGAGAAGACAGUAACUGAUGUGUCAACUAUGGAUGGAAAUGCUGCAGAACUGGUCUCUGGGAAGCUUCUCACUGAGACCACAGAACCCUCUUCACCUGAGGGCAAAGAGGAGAGUCUAGCCACAGAACCCAUUACAGGUACAGAAAAGAAAGCUCGCUGUAAAUGCUGUAUUGUAAUGUGA